AUGCCCGUCAAUAUUCUGCACCUCGUCAGCCAGACAGUGCCCAAACGUGCCAAACCACAGCAUGCUCCGCCAAAGAAACAACUGCUCAAGGCUUCAGAGGCGGAAACGAAGAAGUUGGUGGCCACGUAUCGACGCAAGCAACAGUUUUCUGUCAACCCACGCCACCGAUCCCUCGACCCCAACGAUACGGAGCCUCAGGCCUGCACGCGAACGCUCAAGCUUACAAAUACCACAGGCUACAUGAAGCAGAUUCGCGUCCUACCCCCUGCCCACGAAGCCUUUGGCAUUCUUGAAGUCAAGUACCCUGCCGGCGGCGCCUGCGUCUGGCGCGUAGUCGAGCAUCGCGACCAGGACGCUCCGACCCUAUCAGAAGAGGAGGAAGCUGAGCUCAUGUCCAUGGAGCUUUCGGAGGAUGAGCGAAAGCAGCGGCGCGAGUUGAUGUGGCUGCAAGAGCAUGGCAUCCUUUUCCGCGGGCUUGCGGCUGAUUUGACAACGCUUCCAGAGGCCACUUGGGCUGAGUAUCACGGCGCCGAAGCCCUCGACAUUGGGGAUUUUACUUUUCUGCAAGCCCGGCAAUCCGUGCGCGCUGGUACAGUCAGUCCCAUGGUCACCGCCUUUGCACCAAUGCACCAGCCUUACCCCCGCGGCCUCCCCUGCACAAACAGACGCACCACCUGGGCCUUGCCGAGCGCUGCCGCGGGCUGCAAUGCCACACACAAACUCAUCGUCACCAACCCCAUGCAAGUACCCGUGCCUGUGCGUGUGACCAUCUGCGGCCCGGAUGCACACUGCUUCACGGUCACUGACGGCACCUUUGAACUCGCGUUGGUCAAUUUUGAUGUUGGUGCUGUGCUGGGUCAAGUCUACACGCGUGACUUGACCGUGUCCAACCCCUACCCGCAAUCCCUCGAGAUUGAUUUUGAGCUUUUGGCUCUAGACAUUGGCCUUGUUACGAUCGAGCCCGCGCGUGCGCUCACUUUGCAUACCAAUCUCAUCGGUCUUGCCGCCGCCUUGUCCGCCUAUUCAUUCAACUUGAAUCAAGCCACAAUCCUCAGCGGGGAUCAAAUCAACCUUCGCGUCACCUUUCGGCCCGCCAAGCCUGGCUGCGAACAGGAUGCCGUUUUGCGAGGCCAUGCUCGAUGUGGUGCUGCCGUCGCUGUCCUGCCUGUCCCUCUGCUAAUUUCUGUGGCCAAGCCAGAGCUCGUAGUAUUGCCGUCGAGCCUGUUUCUGGGCGUUGCUCAUCUGAAGGACCACCUGACCGAUGUGGUGGAACUGACCAACCCCAUGCCGGUUCCGUUGGCCAUUGCUGUGGACUGUGCAGCCUCGGACGGCUGCGUCUCUGCGUGUCCCCCUGCUCUCACGCUGUUGCCCUUUUCAUCGGCGCCGGUACGAUUCACGGUGUGCGCCAAGCGUGAGGGACGCACACGGCACACCGUUGUAUUGUGCUAUGGCCAGCAGCAGCGCAAAUAUGUGCAAUUGGAAUGUGUUGGCCAGCAACCUCGACUUGUGUUUGAAACAUCGGCCUUGCAAUUUCCAGAAUGCUUCGCAGGUCGACCAGUCACGCAACACGUGCAAGUUUACAACACAACGGCCCUGCCCUUGAGCUAUCGGGCGCGCCCGGGGGCGCUUUGCCUCGACAACUCCCUUGACACGUUGACCGGUGGGGAGGACGACCCGUACCAAGUGACCUGUUCACCCCCCUGGGCCGUGAUAGCACCCUUUGAGUCAAUGCCCUUAGCAGUGACGAUGCGUGGCUGCAAGGUGGGGCCAUUCCCACCCAUGGCGCUGGUGCUCGACGUGGAGGGCAACGAAGAGCCUGAACCCCUUCUGCUUCAGGGCCACGUCUUGGGCGUUCGCCUUGCUGUGGCACUGGUGCGCAACCCUGGCCGCGGUGCACCUCAGCGAAUUCGCACCCCUCGCCAAUCACUCAUUGAUGACUGUCAAGAAGUACAGCCGGCGUGUAACUUUGGUCUGGUCCAACCAGGCCAGGCCGUGCAGCUGGGACUCCAGCUGCGCAAUCUCAGCGAAGUACCCGUCGACCUAUACAUGGCACCCGUAGCGUUUGGCAGCUCUUGCCUGGUGCAAGACUCGAUGCACGUGCGCGAGGGUCUGUUAUCACACGCCGAAGUUGAUCCCGCCACGGUGAUGCGGCGUGAAGAGGCACCAGAGGGCGUGGUCUUUGCUUGCGACCGAAACCACCUGCGUCUGGCCGCGGGUGGCGAUGCUAUGGUGAACGUGUGGGCCAAAGCCUCACUCUACGGCGAUUUUGCGGAUGUACUUCUCAUUACGGGCGGCUUCAUGGAACCGCUGCGCAUUCCACUCCGCCUACAGGCCCAGGGCUCAGUCUUGCAGGCCAUGAUUGGAGGUCAUGGGGCAACGCCGGUUCUGCGCUUUGCCGACGUGGACGUCGGGAUCAUGCUGGACGACAGCACUGCAGAUGACGACGCACUCCGGGUACAGACGGCACGUAGCUUCAAGCUUCGCAACUCCUCCCCCUGGGACGUGCUCGUUCGUUUGCGCUGUCUGACGCGCUUGCCCACGGAUAAGAAGCUCGUCAAUGUGCUGAGCUACACGGACGAAAGCGGCAUUCGCCUACGCGUUCGUCCCCACGACGGCACGCCGGAGCCCGUCGUGUUUGAGACUCCGCAUAGUAGUUUCCUCAUGAUGCGUGCAUCAGAGCGCGAAGUCAGCGUACGCUUCGCGCCGCCCGGUGUGGCCGACUACCACGGCACCCUUGUCAUCACGUGCGAACCCACCACACGCGAAGCUGUCUUGGAACAGAACCGUCAACUCGGCCCUUCUGUCCCGGCAGCUUUGGCCACCACUCGUGCCCUCACCGAGGCUCGACGCUACGGCAUUGCCCUCGUCAAGAGUUCCACACCCGCGGCCAACAUCACAGGCACAAGCCGCGGGGCGUCGGCCCUGGCGCUCGAGCGCGGCUUGUCUGAAGAUGCGGGCAACAUUCCACUGGAAUGGGCGACCCUGGCGGCCACUGAGCGUGGCAGUCCGUCGGUGCACAUUGAGCGCGACAUGAUCAACAUUGAGCGCAACGCGCUCAAAGUCCAUCUGGCGGGUCGUGGCAUGCGUUGGCACAUGGAGCACAACUACGUGGACGGCCUCAUAUUUGAUGUCGACUACAUGGCCCUGCUCUCGGCUGGUGCCAACUUCGCUGCGCCCAGCCAGGAUCUACGCUUGACGAACCGCUCGACGUCGACCGCACUUUUUACGUGUGAGUUUCACGAGCCUUUUGUGGUGGGCCGUCGCACGGGUAGCCGCCUGUUGCAGGCCGAGCAAGGUGUGGUGAGUGUGGCGCCCAGCCAGUCUGCAAACUUGCAGGUGCAGUGGCGAGGUGUGGCACUGCGUGAGCUGAUUCAAGCGGCCCAGAUGGCUCAACGCUCAUCUGCAAGCUCGAUCAAGGCCUUGGAUUCAACCUCAAGUCAGCCAACCGCAGCACCACGACUCUCCGGUCUCACUUUGCAGCGUGGAGUCCUCGAGCAGUGGUCCACCUUGGCCCUGCGUAGUACCAUGGGGGAGGUGCAAACCCUCUCCGUAGCGGCCCGCAUUGCCCUGCCCUCAGUGCAGCUCUCCUCCACACAGGUACUGGUGUACAUUAAGAACCCGUCGCGUGCCGCUUUGUCCGUGCUCAACGCCGCUGCUUCCCGGCACAAAGCUGCUGGGAAAACGCGUAUCGCGUCGCGGCUGAGGCGGGCGCGUGGUCGGCACUGGUUCCGCGGGGUCAUCGCACGGCGGCGUAUUGAUCGCUUCCGCCAGGCAGCCGCCUCCAUCCAGGCCGCCUAUCGUGGCUAUUGCGAACGGAUGCAAGUGCGCGCAAAGGUCCAAGGUUCGCUUGAGCGGCGGCGUCGCCAAUACUACAACGAAAAGGCGAUCAUCAUCCAGGCCAUGUGGCGUGGCUAUUACACGCGAAGGCAUGUCUGUGACUUCAAGGCCUACCAAGCUUACAUGGAGGCCCUGCGUCAACAGAACGAAUUGAUGCGUGAGCAACUUCAGAACUUUGAAGCUGAGCAAGCGGCCAAACGUGAGGCGCGCGAGCGGCAGCUUGAAGAGCGCGAGGGUGUUUUGGUAAAAGAAGCCGGCCGGCAACGCGAGUUGGAAGUGCGCGUUGUGGCGCGCACCCUUCGCCAAGAUGAUCUGCGGGCAACACAGCGCAGCAAUUUGCGCCAAGGCAAGAACCAACCGCACCCGGACCAAGAACUGGUGAAUACAUUGCGCAGCUCCAUGCGGCUAGACCGCGAAACGACUGGGUCGCAGCGAGGCUGGCUCUCGGGGACUGUCAACAAUCGCAACGUUUAUCGACCCCAAGGCCCCUUUAAGCAUCCACUUGAGGUGCAGUACUUGAAACAGCGACCCCACAAUCUCAGCUUACGCGCGGCAACAGAGUUUGAUAGCUUCGAGGAACAUCAAGCGGCGACGCCACACUCGCUGGACCUUCAGCCACCGAACACUUACCCACAACUGACGAUUGUUUGUGUCACGUUUAUAUGGCACCGGCCAUUGCAGGAGCGACGGGAAGAGCGACAACGCCUACAACAGACGCUGCCCAAGGUCAAAGGCACACCGCGGCCCGUCCGCCUGGGGGCUGAGUAUCAGCCCUCCAUCCUGCGCGAUGGCCCUUACCAAGGUUUUGGCCCCGGUGACACUCGCCCAACUUACGGUCGGGAUGGGUUCCGAGAAGAAGAUCGACAAACGCGCUCCGCAACGGGAUUUACCACGAUGGCUCGCACCAACACGGCCAUGUCGUGGGUGUUGGUCGGACGGGCGCUGGUUGUGUGUCUGUUGGCCGCCGUUUGGGGGCAGGCCUUGUUGGUCCAGGCCCAGGGGCGGACGCCAGCGCCGGCGCCAGACUUGCCCUUCCAAACUGCGGAACAGGUUCGCGUUCUUGAGCGGGCUUCAGCCAUAUCUAACGCCAGCUAUGCUGCCGGCGUGGCCAACCUGACGGCGCUGCUCGAGUCGGACGCCUUUCGUGGCUAUCUGGCGCAGCUGGACACUGUUGGUGAGCUGCAAAACUGGACAACCGCUGACAUUUUGGCAGGUCUGAUCGCUGGCCUUGACGUGGCCGAGCUGGUGCACAACUUUGGGCGCUACGAUGAUGGCAAUUGCGGGAUGGAUGUUACCAUGAAGACCGGUCCCGGCCAGCCCUACUUCUACAAUCAAUGGCUGUUGCAAGCCCUGGGCUUCAUUCCCAUUGAUGUGGCCAACAACGUAUUCCCUGACGAAUCAGAGGUGCGCUUUUUCGGUUACGUGCCCUUUGUCAAUACCUCACAGCCCGACGUCAACACCUCGGCCGAUCGCCCCGUGUAUACUGGGCUCAACAUGUUUCGGGGCAGCCUGGGAAACCCGCAAUGUGGUCCCAUCUCUGCCGUCUUUAAGCGAAGCUACCUCCAGGGUGCAGCACUGGCUGCUCCCAUUGACACGGGCUUGUUCAUUGGCCUCUGUGGUGACGGCCAAGGUACGGGCUGGUUUGGCGUACACUGUCAUUCAUGGGCCACGGCCAAUGGCACGCUGGGCGUCUUGGACCAGAUGGUCCACCUCUUGCCCAUUUGGCUUGAAUACUACAAUUCCACGCGAGCCCUUGUCGGCGACACCUAUCCAGCCUACAACUUGGCCCGGCUGGUACUGCGCUUGCUAGCCCGGACCACUUACACUCGCCCCGAUGCCGGCCUGGCUCUCACCUUUGUGGAGAACACCUUUGGCUAUCUCGAGGUGAACACGCUGGCCACCCUGCGCUACCCAACCAGUGUAAAGAUGAUGAUGGCAUCUUUUGACCUGAUGUUUGGCACAGAUGAAGCUGCGACGCUGCGCGCCUGGUGUGUGGAGCAGGGCUGGCCCUUGAUCUGGGCUACCAAUCCUUACGAGACACAUUUCAUCUGUGCGCCCAACACCAGCACAAACUGCGAUGUACCCCCAGACCGGCUGAUCCUGGGCAUGGAGCGAGCUAACGUACGCGUGCUGGAUCCCAUUGUGCUCUCGGCCUUGCCUACCUUUGCCAACGCGACAGCUGGCUCAGAUUGGUUUGGUGUUCGGGCGCGCUUCAACGCCUCGUGGGCCGCGGUGACGGCUGAUCGCUCGGCCGGUGAGCCAACGACGGAUGACCUCCGCUUUCGCUGGGACGAGCUCUUAUUUUCCACUGAUCCGAGUGGUUUGGCACUGGCCAACAGCUCGGCACUGGUGGAGCCUCUCUUUGUUGGGGCCUGUGCUGACCCUGAUUGCAUCGGUGUUCGUUUGGUGGACGGCGCUUGUGUAUGUGCAGAGACAAGCUCUGCUGCCCCAUUCCAACGAGUUUGAGGGCCCCUCGCUGGCCGAGCCACACCGCUGUUUGGAAGUUCGGGACACUUUCCGAGCAGCCAUUGCCAAAUCAUGAGAACAUGAAUGACCCCACUCUUACUUCUUUUAACACCAAAGCGAUUGGCCAGCAAUCGAAUGAAUCAAUCCUG